UUUAUAUAUGCAUAAAAACAUACAUACAUAUAUUCCAGUUCUCCCAUCAUUUCCGAGCCUAUCUCCAACAACAUUAACCUAAGGAUGAGUUACGCACUACCUUUGCUGCUAUUUUUUCUUCUUCGAUUAAACUAUGCAAUGUCCAAAGUCGAAGAAUACCAAACAUACAUCAUCCAUAUGGACCAUACUCAGAAGCCUGUGUCUUUAUCAACCCAUGAGUCAUGGCAUCGUUCCAUUUUAAAUUCAUUGUCGUCUUCUCCUGGUGAUGACCAGGAACUGUUAUUGUACUCAUACAACCAUGUCAUGCAUGGCUUCAGCGCGAGGCUUACACCCUCUCAGCUAUCUGAGGUUGAGAAAUCUCCGGCUCACCUCGCCACAUACCCGGAGUCCUUUGGCAAGCUGUUGACAACCUACUCCCCUAAGUUUCUUGGGCUACAACAAAAUGUUGGCAUAUGGCCCGCUGCCUCAUAUGGAGAAGAUGUGAUUGUAGGCAUUAUUGAUACUGGAAUUUGGCCAGAGAGCGAGAGUUUUAAUGACGAGGGUAUGUCAACUGUGCCGCAAAAAUGGAAAGGAAAGUGUGAGAAUGGCACAGCAUUUAGCCCUUCAAAUUGCAACAGGAAGCUCAUUGGGGCUCAAUCGUUUAGCAAAGGACUACAAGCUGCAGGUAUUAAUAUAUCCAAGGAACUAGAUUUCAGUUCUCCAAGAGACUUCUUCGGUCAUGGCACACACACAGCAUCCACAGCGGUAGGUAACUAUGUACAUGAUGUAAGUCACUUUGGAUAUGCAAGAGGCACAGCCAGAGGAGUGGCUCCCCGGGCACAUCUUGCUGUGUACAAGGUCCUUUGGGCAACAAACACAAAAGAGUCUGCAUCAACCGAUGUUCUUGCUGGUAUGGACCAAGCAAUUGAUGAUGGGGUUGAUAUCAUGUCUUUGUCCAUUGGCUUUAAACAGACUUCUUAUUUCACUGAUAGCAUUGCCAAAGGUUCUCUUUCGGCAAUUGAGAAAGGGAUUUUUGUUGUCUGUGGUGCUGGCAAUGAUGGUGAUUUUAAAACAAUAUACAAUGGAGCACCUUGGAUAACAACUGUAGGGGCUGGCACAAUUGAUCGAAGUUUCCACGGAAAAGUGACUCUAGGAAAUGGGGUUACCAUUGGAGGCACAUCAUACUUUCCAGAGAGUGGUUUCAUUACUAAUUUACCUUUGUACUAUGGCACACGCAACAGGAGCAAAGCAAUUUGCAACCACAAAUCUUUGGAUGAAAAGGAGGUUAUCGGGAAGGUAGUCAUCUGUGAUUAUAGCACCAAGAUUAAUGUUUCUGAACAGAUUGAAGAGGUCGAGAGCGCAGGUGGUUAUGGAGCUAUCUUCUUGACAGAUGCAUCAUUCUCUUUCUUGCCAAAUAAAUACUCCAUUCCGAGCCUUAUUGUGCCAACUGCUUCAGGGACUCGGGUUAAAGAGUAUGUGACAAAGGUGAGAAAUCCAAUAGUGAAUGACAUGAGGUUUCUAUUAACAAGGUUCAGUACCAAGCCUGCACCUCAAAUCGCCAAGUUCUCUUCAAGGGGUCCAAGCACAAUCAGUCCAGGUGUUUUAAAGCCAGAUAUUCUGGCUCCAGGAGUUGAUGUGCUAGCUGCAUUUUCACCCAUAUUUCCGUACAUCCGAGUAGGAAAAUAUGAUUUGGCUUCUAAUUAUGUUCUUCUAUCAGGCACAUCAAUGUCGACACCACAUGUUGCUGGCGUUGGAGCUUUACUAAAAGCAAUCCACCCUGAAUGGAGCCCAGCGGCUAUCCGAUCAGCUAUGAUGACCACAGCCUAUGUCAAAGACAAUACUGGCAAUAUUUUUAAAAGCCAAUUGACAAAUUCUUCUUCCUCACCUUUAGACUUUGGUGCUGGCCAUAUCAAUCCAAACAAAGCCAUGGAUCCUGGACUGAUCUAUGAUAUCGGUCUGCAAGAUUAUAUUCAAUUUGUGUGUGGCCUGGGGUACACUAAGAAGCAAAUGAUUCUUCUCCUUAGACGAACUCGAUGGAGUUGCAACCACAAAUCUAUUCAUGAUCUAAACUAUCCCACUUUCAUGGCUGUACUCUCCAACAAAACUAGAUAUCCAGUGACAAUGAAGUUUAACAGGGUUGUGACAAAUGUUGGCAAUGAUAAAUCUGUUUACCGAGCACAUUUAGAGAACAUUCCAACCGGAAUGAGAAUAAGUGUCAAACCGAGGAUUCUUACCUUCACCCGCAAACAUCAGAAUCGAAGUUUUGUUUUAAGUGUUGUGCUUGAUAAGCUUGAUGGAGAAAAUCCAAUUCCAACGGUAUUUGGUUUUCUCAAAUGGAUUGAUCAAGAUAGCCACAUAGUAUCAAGCCCCAUAGUGGCUAUCAAAUAUUAGUGGACAAUAUAUAUGGGCAUGUUCACAUGCUAAAUAUUAGCUAUUGUCAAGGGCGUCUUGGCUGUUUGUCUUCUCAGUCCAUGUAGUGUUUGUUCAUCAUGAAAAUUUGCAAGUGCUAUGUUAUUACCAUAUGUUGGCUUUGUAUAUGAGAAUAAAGUUGUUAUGGAACUAGUUCAGAAAA